AUGCAGUUUAUCAGUUUGUUACUCACCUUUACUGUCUCCUUGUCUGUUGUCCUGUGUAUCGAUAUUUACACUAUUACCAAUACCAGUGAUGUAACCAGUCUUUUCUAUCCCAUUGAGGAGGAACACUUGGUUCAUGAAUUUGAACAGCUGGAGGAUAUUCAUUCGUGGAAAUUUUACAAUUACCAGCAUUUCCAAUCUUCGCAAUUGUGGCAAGAAUUGGACACUACGUCUCAGGGAACAAAGUUUAAUCAGACUAUUGUGCAUUUGGUUGAGACCAACGAGACUUUGGUUCUUUCUUCGAUGAAUCCGGUGACAUUUUUUGAAUUUGAGGUUAAUUCAUUUAGGAGCAGUAAACAAAAUGUGACAUCUCAAUUGGAUUGGUUGAAAAGUGAUGAGGGUGAUGAUGAUGAAGAUGAAGAUGAGCUUGAGAAAGAGACUGCUGCAAUUUCACGUAAAACUUCAAGCGGUGUUUAUAAUGAUGAUGAGAAGGCUACUAUGGCUAUUCAAUUUGAUCCAGAUAGUGAUAUUUUAAAGAACGCUUCGCCUAAUAUGGCAAUCAAUUUGUUUUUGGUUAGUCUUUAUGUUGAAUCCGGAGCAGAAGCAGUUAAAGAGAUGGUUAUGAAUGAUGACACAGUAUUCAUUGUUCCAAGUGAAGAAGGUGAUGUCAAGUUUGAAGCACAGGGUAUCUUGAAGUUGAUUAUUCUUCCGAUCCUUAAAUUAAAGAAGUUGAUUUGGGUCAUUGAAAAGAAGACGAUUGCAUUAUUGGUCAAGAUUAAAGAAUUGACGGUGGCUAUAUUGAAGAAAGUCAAAAAAGUUGUUAUUCUCAUUACAAUUAAAACCAAGUUGAUCACAUUGAAGACGGCAUUUUUGAUUAAACAAAAGAUUAAAAAGGCCAAUUUGUUAGCUGAGAUUGUGGCGAUUACAACUAAGGAAAAAGCGAAAUAUAAAAUUAUAAAGACUUUGAUGAUUAUUGCCUUGUUGAAAGACAAGGCCAAAGAAAAAGUCCGCAAUACAAAAGAUGCUCUUAAAGCUGUCAAGGGAAAAUUGAGUAAAGGAGGAGGUGGAAAUUGGAGUGAUAGUGAUUAG